AUUGGUACUGGUACUAAUGUUGGACAUUUUGCAAAGUUGUGUUUUGUUAAAAAAAGUAUUUAUUUUUGAUAAUAAUUAACAGUGUUUUUGGUUUUUAUCAGAACAGUAUCGAUCUAGCAAAGGGUAAAGAAGAUGUCCAGUCAAGCGCAGUUCAGUUUUCCUGAUUUUCCAUUUCAGGAAUUGGACACUAUACAAAUUAUGACUGGUGAUAUGAAUUCUCCAAAUCUAGAUGAUGAUGUCACAUUGGAAUCUCACAUGCAAUUCAAUUACAUACCACCAGAUGUGCCAGACAUUCCUUUGCAGCCAGCAUUAAUAAUAGGACCUCCUGUUCGGACACCUAUUCAAAAUAAUCAUAAUUUCAAAGUGGAAAUUAAUAGCGCUGAUGUCAACAGGAAGAAGUAUUUGUAUUCUAGCCAAUUGAACAAAAUAUAUGUGGACAUAAACUGUAAUUUCGCCGUGCAAUUCUCAUGGGAGGGAAUUAUUGCCAAACCAUUGUACGUACGUGCUACAGUCGUGUUCUCUGAUGAGGAUCAAGCUGAGAAACGAGUAGAGCGAUGCAUACAGCACCGCCACGAAAGCAUUACAGAUGACUCCAUCCGCAUGAACGUGUUGCGUUCAUCGCGCGAGGUGGGCACCCAGGGCGUGUUCUACCACGGGGACCCGUCGAGGGCUGACUCCUGGUACUCGGUCCUGGUCGAGAUGAAUAACACCGGACAAUCCACUAUACACGCCUACAAGUUCGUCUGCAAGAACAGCUGCUCCUCCGGUAUAAAUAGAAGAGCUAUCGCUAUCAUAUUCACAUUAGAGGACGCGUUCGGAAACGUGUAUGGCCGCGAGAUGACAGGAGCGAGAGUGUGCUCUUGUCCGCGACGUGACUUGCUGAAGGACGAAGAGAGCGAAGGCGUGUUCAAGAGUGGCAAGAAACGCGUGCCCGCCAACCAGAUUAACAAAUCUAAGACAAAGAAGAUAAAGAUCGAAGUUGUACCGAACGGGCAGGCGGCGUUCGACACAAAUUUGAUUACUUUACCACAGCUCCAAGUGGUCGGUGCAAAUGUGAUGACAGCCGGCCUGGAGAUGAUGGUCCGUAUGAUGGAGCAGGGCAUCGCGGCACGCAGCGACGACUCCCAGUACGUCGCCAACUGCUCCGCGUGUGUCACCUCCCUAAAGGCUGCGAUACAACAAUACAAGCACGCUGACUCGCAGUGAGUCUUUUACAACUUAAAGAGUAUUAAUCUGAGGUUAUUCGGUGCUGUUGCACUUAAUAUAAAGUGUAAUUUUGAAUGCGUUUGCAUUUUAGCUGUGUGUUUAAGUAUUUUUAUUGCGUACUGUAAUAGGUUUCAAGGAGAUUUUUGUUUUAAUUUUCUUUUAUAAGUACACUUCAUUUUUUAGUUGAAUUUCACUAUAGUUAUAUUCAGCUUAAAUUUGAAUGUGCAGGAGUGCAACCAGUCAAGGGUAAAGAUGUUUAGAUAAAUAAUUGUUAUUCUGUUAAGUUGUAUACAAUUAUACAUUUAUGUUCCAUUACUGAUAUAAUUACGUAAAUUCCUUAUGUAUAAUUACAUAUUGCGUAUACACGAAUGCUAAAUCGAUAAAUAUAUUUAAAGAAAAAUGUUUAAAAUAAUUGACAAUCUCAAUGUUUAAGUGUUUUUUCUUUAAAAAAUUUAUCAAAUCUUAAUUAUGUUCAGUUAAUAAGAACUUUAAUGUUUCAUUUAUUUGUAAUAUUAUCUACAUAUUAUGUAACACAAGGUUUCUAUUAUAACAUAUGACAGUGACAGAAUGGCGUAGCCUCUGGUCUUUUUGAUGUGAUGUUGACCAUAGAGUAUAAUGUGUUUUGAUUCAACUUAAUGAGCGUUGCUUUGUUGCAUUUUGCAAUUAUUUUCACCGGAAAUUUUUGAUUUUUUAAGCGUUUUCAACUUUGAGAUCCUUUUUAUAGUUUUUUGGUUAUUUCAAUCAUGAUUACAACAAUUUUUUAAGUGAUCUUAGAUAAGUUCUUUAUUAAUGUACAUAAUUAAUUUUAAGUUUCCAGUGAUGGUGUCUUUGAUUAGUGCUAUGAAAGUUAUUAAUUUUCAUUUGAACCAGUUUCCAUCAUGAUAAUAUAGAAAUUAAUCAUUAGUUUCUUUUUAUAGUUAGUAUUGUUGUUUAUGUACGAACUGAUAAUUCUUUAUGUCAUUGUUUCUCAAGGUAUAAAAUAUAAUGCGACCCUUGCACGAUAUAAAGUUAACUUUAAUAUGAUUUUUAUAACAGUUACAUUUUGUAAACCGACUUGUAGCUAGGUUUGUAGCUGUUGAUGGUGGAAAGGUUAAUCAAUUU